AUGAGGAGGAUGAAUAAUGUGACGAAAUUCAUUCUCCUUGGCCUGAUCCAGAAUAUGGAGCUUCAAAAAUUUUCAUUUGCUGUGUUUUUAAUUGUCUACUUGGUCACCCUGGCAGGCAACCUACUCAUCAUGAUCACCAUCAACACCAACAGGUCUUUAGGAUCCCCCAUGUACUUCUUCCUGUCUUACUUAUCCCUUAUAGACGGCUGCUGUUCUUCACCCAUGACACAAAAAAUGCUAGCUGACACUCUUACUGUGUGAAAAAUCAUCUCUUUCAGGGGGUGUAUGACUCAAAUCUUUGCUGUGCAUUUAUUUCGUGCUGCCGAGAUCAUACUGCUGACAGUGAUGGCCUAUGACCACUCUGUGGCCAUCUGCAAACCCUUGCACUACAUGACCAUCAUAAGCCACGGGCAAUGCAUUCUCCUGGUGAGAGUAGCCUGGGCCAGAGGCUUUGUCCAUGCAGCUAUUCAGGUCCUCUUCACAGUCUGGCUGCCCUUCUGUGGCCCCAAUGUCAUAGACCACUUCAUGUGUGACUUGAACCCUUUGUUGAAACUUGUCUGCAUGGACACUCAUACCCUUGAUCUCUUUGUUUUUGCCAACAGUGGAUUCAUAUGCUUGUUAAACUUCCUCCUCUUGAUGGUCUCCUGUGUGGUCAUCCUGCACUCCCUAAGGGCCCGUAGCUCAGAGGGGAGGCACAAAGCCCUCUCCACCUGUGUCUCUCACAUCACAGUGGUCAUAUUAUUCUUUGUGCCCUGCAUAUUUAUGUAUCUGUGCCCAGUGACCACUCUGUCCAUAGAUAAAGCUGUGGCUGUCUUUUAUACCAUGAUCACUCCCACGUUAAACCCCUUAAUCUACACCCUUAGAAACACAGAAGUGAAAAAUGCUAUGAAGAAGCUCUGGGUUCAAAAAGUGACUUCUACUGAGAAAUAAUCACACCAACAUAAAAUGACUUUAUUCCUUAAAUAUUGGAGAGAAGAGAAGAUAAUUUCUAUGGAUCAAGAUCAGGUGAACACUAUUUGUCAAAAGUAGUUUGAUAUU